AUGGCUGAUCUGAUCGACCCGACAAUGAAGGGCAACUAUCCCGUGAUUCUGGGCGUUGGGCUGCUGGGCAAACCCUCCAACGAGAUCUUUACUGGCAUUCGCUAUAAUCACAAGCCUGCCUUCCCGCCAUCCGACGCACGCUUGAAGCCUUCCAUCCCCGGCAAGACGAGCUCGUAUGACUUGAACUUCUCCAGUGCCGAAGGAACAGUUGGAUUUGCCGGAACGCGCUCCACCGACGAUGGCGACUAUGUGCUCUACUUCGACCCCGAGCGCAAGGCCUUCAUCCUCGACAAGGUCGACUCGACAUUCAACAUGAACCUCACGCGCACUCCUGGAAACAGCAAUCCCGAUGAUUUGCGCCGGCGACACCCUCACUUGGGAAGUGGCCAAUCGCAAAAGGCGGCAGACCAGAAGAGUGCUUCAAGCAAGGAUAAGCUGAAGUCGUCGGCAAAGGCCGAUGACAAGAGCAUCACGGUACAGACCAAGGAAAUGCAGAAGAAGAAGCCGUUGGAAAAGAAGCUGGGAGAAAAGAAGCAUGCCGACAAGAUAUUCGUCGAGAAGAAACCUCCUCCCGUCGAGAAGAAGCUCGUGGACAAGAAGCUCGCUUCUGACAAGGAGAAGAAGCCAUUGGAGAAAGAGAAGAAGCCAAUGGAGAAGAAGCUCUUGUUAGAGAAGAAGUUGCUGGAGAAGAAAUCAAUAGACAAGAAGCCGACCGAUAAGUCGGCUGAGAAUAAGCCGACGGCGAAGAAGAUGGUCGAGAAGAGCGCUGUCGAGAGAAAAAUUCACGAGAUGAAGAAUAUGGAGAAGAGGCUAUCAGGUGGCAAGUUUGAAAAGAAGCCUCUGCCCAAAAAGAUUGAGCUUGCGCUGCCUGUGCCAGAACCACCAAAGCCGGAAGAGACCCGAAAGAAGAGAGACCAAGAUGAUGACGAAGAAGAAGAAGAAGAAGACGACGAUGAUGAUCUCCUCAUUGAAUAUCCGGGUGCAGAAGCACCCUCCCGGCCGACUCACCAUUUCUCGCCCGCCUUUCCCAUUGCUCGUCGCUUCGAUGAUUUCAUGGAUCAGCGUGAAUCCGAAGUGGAAGAAGACGAGGAGGCUAUGGACGAGGAUACCGAGGCGGCAUUCAAGCUUCCCAGUCCAGUCAAGAAUGGUAGCCAAGCUCAGUCAGAACCCAUGGAUGUUGACCAAGAGGAAGAGGAGGAAGCUGAAGAGGCCGAAGAGGCUGGCGAGGCAGAGGCUGGCGGUGAUUUCGAGUACGACUUGGAACAAGAGCUGGAAAAUGCUUUUGAUCAACUGGAUAACAACGACCAGGACAAUGGCAACAACAACAACAGCGGCUACUACUAUAAUAACAACAACGAUGAUGAAAGCGAGAUUAGUGAAGAAGACUAG